UGAUUGAAAUGUUGGUGAAGAUACAGCUGUUGAUUAUAAUCCAACCUGUAAAGAAAAAAAAAUCAAUCGAAAUUUCAUGAUGAUCUAUUUGAACAACGUCGUACGUUGACAAGAAGAAAAAGAUCGAGCAACGUAAAUUAUAUUAAAAAAAAAAUAAAAGUUUUAGUCAUUCAUUACUUUUUAGAGAUCGUCUUAAAUAUGAUCGAGAUUGGCGUAUUUUCAAAGAAGAUUAUAAUAUGACAACCAGAGAUGAAAAUAUUUCACAUCCAUUAUGAUCAUUGGAUGGAGCUAGACUUGAAAAGAGCCUUCUUAAUGUUAUCAAAACUGCUGGUUAUAAAGUAACUUUAAUUUUCUAAAGUAAAAAACAAAACUUUUUUUAUGAAACUCAAAUAUAAUAUCGAAGAAAACAGUGAGUAUAAGUUUAAAUCGAGGUUUUUGAGGCUUCCUUCUCUAGACUCUAGCGACCAGUUUCAAAUGUCAGAGACCAACGAGAAUGUUUUUUCUCGUAACGACAGGAAGGAGGCAGCGAUCAUUUCGUACAUUUCUAUACCAACCAAAGACAAUAGGCUUUAGAUUUUUCCCACAAUUUCUUAGCAACGGAAAAAGGCACUGAAUGACAUUAACAAUAAGAUUUACACUGUUCUAGAACAUUUCAAAGCCUUCGUCGAAUUUUCAAUGACUAUAAUACAUUUAUGAAUGUUCUAAAUAUAGUGUAGUUUUUUAUUUUUGGCGCAGAUAAAAAUUCAUAUUCGACAUUGAUCGAUUGUCGUUGGAAAAUAACAAUAAUCUAUUAGAAAACUUUUCAAUUAACCUUUUUUGUAUUGGUAUAACUCAGCUAAAGAACACAUGAGUUCCACAUUUUAGCUCCAAAGGAGCUGCGCUGAUAUAGGUUUUUUUUAAUAGAAACUAACAUCAAUUCAACGACAAGCUAUUUCAAUUGGUUUACAAAAUCGAGAUGUAAUUGGUAUUGCGGAAACUAAUUCUGAUAAAACAGCAGGUAAGUUAAUUCUUGUUGAUUUAUGUGUUUUUUUUUUGUGUUUGUUUGUUAUUGGUAUAUCAAAUCGUCUUAUUGAUGUACUUGAAAAUCGUUAUUUAAUAUUACAACAAUGUAUUUAUAUUGUUAUGGAUGUAGCUUAUCGAAGGAUUGGUUAG